AAACUGAGCAUGUGCAGGAGCUGCCAACACUGCUCUGAAAAAUCCCCAGCUGCAUUGGGAACAUGGACAGAAGGGGGAGAUAGAGAACAGCAGGAUCAACCAGUUUUUUUUGCAGAAUACAGAAAAUGAAUCCCAUCGUGAAUGAGUGAGUAUGAACAGCAUGUAAUACAGCCAGGGGCGGACUGACAACUCAUGGGGCCCCCGGGCAAUAGGGGAUCAUGGGGCCCCUGCGUCCUUGCCCAAACUCAAAAAAGCCUAU